AUGGGUCUCGUCGGCGCUUUGUCCACAGCGACAAACGCAAGUGAAGAUGCUUUACGAUUGUUGCUGUCCGUUCUAGCAGGCUACCCUUUGGCUGUCGUUCAUAGAACAGUCUUCUAUAAUAAACCGGCAAAUGUUCAGCAUAUAUUCUUUGUGAUUUCCGGAAUUGCAUUGUGGUAUUUCAACUGUGGAAAUGCUGUAUUUCAUGCAUUAUUUGCGGUCCUUGCGGCAUUUUUCAUUACCAAUUUUAUGGGAGGAACGACUUCUUCGAUAUAUGCCGCCCAUGGUGUAUUCUUGGGUCACUUGCUUCUUGGAUAUUGGUAUGAAGAAAGCGAUACGUACGAUAUUAAAUGGACAACUCCAUUCUGCAUUAUGACUUUGCGAUUCAUUGGUCUUGUUAUGGAUGUAUAUGAUGGCCAUCAAAAGAAAGAAGAUUUGAAACCCGACCAGUUGAUCACAGGCGUUCGAGACAAGCCAUCAAUUCUUGAAAUUGCCGCUUAUGGUCUUUUCUUCCAAGGAACUCUUAUUGGACCUCAAUUUACCUUGGUUAAGUUCCGUUCGUUCGUUAAUGGAGACUGGCUUGAUAAUGGAGAGGUGCCGAAAAGCGCGUUCUUGCCAUCGAUUGGUCGAUUCCUUGCUGGUUGCACUUAUAUGGUGCUCCAUCAGUGGGGACAGGUCUGGAUUCCGGACACAUUUUUCAACUCCGAUGCUUUCUUCAAUCUUUCUUUCUUCUGGCGCUGGACGUGGGUUACAAUAUGGUUCCGACUUACCAUGUAUAAGUAUUGCGCCAUGUGGCUAAUUGGGGAAGGAGCUUCUAUUUUGGUUGGCCUUGGACACAACGGAAAAGACAAAAAUGGAGAUGAUAGAUGGGAUGGUGUCCGUGAUUUGCACCUCAUUAAAUGGGAAACUGGACAUGAUUACAAUUCGGUUGUCGAGUCAUUCAACUGUGGAACGAACACUUUUGCCAAGAAUCAUUUAUUCCGUCGCCUUCGAUGGCUUAACAACAAGCUUGCCUCUCACUUGAUCACACUCGGAUACUUGGCAAUUUGGCAUGGUUACCAUUUGGGAUAUUUUUUGCUCUUUGGAAUUGAAUUGGCAUGUGUACAAGCGCAAAACCAACUUUACGCCCUUAUUGAAAGAACUCCUGGAUGGUCCGAAGCUAUUAGCAAGCCAAUUGCUCGACCGUUCAUCUGGAUAUUUGGAAAACUUACUAUCUCGUACUCUAUGGGAUUCGCUUUCCUCAUGUUCGGACUCAUCAAGACUAAAUACUGGAUCGCGCCUGUCAAAUCACUUUACUUUAUUGGAUUUAUCAUCUACUUCAUUCUGUGGCCAAUCGUCCAUAUCAUUCUUUUGCGAACAUUGCCACGAAAAGCAAAAAAGCAGACAGACAAGAUUGAAAAUAAAACUGAGAAAAAGGAAUUAUGA